UUGACCGCCACACGCGUCCGCGUCCUUGCUCUUGACCUUCAUCGACUCGCCUAGUCGAGGAGAGUGCGGAGGUGCCUCAUCUUGACCCAUCAAAACUAUCUCGCUCCCCAAUGGCGUUCGUCUCUUGCAGCCCUCCUCGGGCCCCUCCCGUUCAGUAUGCGACACCUUUGGGAACUCGCUGGGCCAAAGAGACGGCCGCCGCUGGUGGUGUCAGUGCUUUCGAUCUUCCUAGUGAUCCAAAGGAAAUCGGUCACUGGGUCCUUGGUGAGUGCGUCGGAAAGGGUGCGUCGGGUCGCGUCAAGAUAGCCAAGCAUCGCGUUACUGGACAACUCGCUGCCGUCAAGAUCCUCCCUCUCGCGCCUCUCGUCAACUCGCGUGCUUCUCUGGCAACACAACAGGCGAAGAGCGAGAAACAACGCCUAGGCAUAGACCGAGAAAUCACUAUGAUGAAGCUGAUGAACCAUCCGAAUAUCAUGCGCAUAUACGACGUCUACGAGGGCUCGAACGAGCUCUUCUUGAUCUUGGAGUACAUUCAAGGCGGCGAGCUUUUCGAUUUUCUUGUCAACCGCGGACGUCUCCCUCCCGCCGAGGCUUUGGAAUACUUCAAACAGAUCAUCUACGGACUCAACUACGCUCACACAUUUUCUAUCAUCCAUCGCGAUCUCAAGCCCGAGAACAUCCUAAUUGCUUCACUAUCUCCUCCUAUCAUCAAAAUCGCUGACUGGGGUAUGGCCGCCUUCGCCCCUCCUUCGCUCGAGCUCGAAACCAGCUGCGGUUCUCCUCACUACGCUAGUCCCGAAAUCGUCAACGGCGAGAAGUAUCAAGGCAAUGCGACAGACAUCUGGAGCUGUGGCGUUAUUCUCUAUGCGCUUCUCACUGGACGACUUCCUUUCGACGACAAGAACGUCAAAAUCCUUCUCUCUAAAGUCAAGAGCGGCAAGUAUGAUAUGCCUGCUUGGAUCGACCCAUUAGCAAUGGACCUCCUGUCCCGGAUGCUUGUUGUCGAUGUUUCCAACCGUAUUACCAUCCCUGAGAUCCUCUCUCACCCAUGGCUGUGUACCACGCCCAGCCCUGAAAAAAUGCUUUGUGCGCCGACUCCCUCACUUCCUCCGUCUCCCAGCACCCUUGCCCGGCCCAUCGGACAUCCAUCUCUCAUUGACGUGGAUCUUCUUGAAUCGCUCCGCAUCAUCUGGGGCCGUCACACGGAUGCGGAAUGCACCUCCAUCAAGCGCGACCUCUGCUCCCCGGCGGGACAAGGAGUGCACGCUAAAGCAUUCUAUUUUCUUCUUUGUCAAUACCGCGAAGAAUCGCUACGCGCGAGAGACAACAGCCUCGUUCCUACGAACAAGGUCGCGGUGCCCAGGACCCGGCAGCGCUCGACCACUGCCCCGAUUCCGCAGGUCUCCGGCCUCGCACCUCCUUUGAUGAGUCGCGGCGUUUCUUCCAAGGAUCGUACAUCAGCCCCUGUUGGACCCCGUCCUCAAAUACAGCGCAGUGUUCCGUCGAAGACCGGAACAUCUGCUCGGCCUGUUUCCACUUCUGCAUCUAUUCGUUGCCCGAGACCGCCACUCGCCAGACGCGUGCACACAUUGCCUCCCAAUGUGACCAUGGGCCAAAGCACUCGCACAGCCCCUCCUCCGCCACGUAUUACGCAGGUACCGACACCAGUUCCUGCAGCACCGGAGAGCACACUGGGGCAGGUGGACAUAGACUUGGGCUUGAGCGUGGAUCUGGAUCUCAGUCUGCGACUGAGCAGCGAUGCGAUUGCUGUCGAGACGGAGCGAGACAUCGCCGAUGAGGGGAAUCUGCCACUCCUGGUCGCUCCCAGGACCGCCAACGAAGAGCUGCAAAAAACGAUGGACGCUGUUGCUGAACGUUUGAACGGACUGGCCAAAGCACAGGCUGCUGCUGCUUCCGCUGCUGCUCGUCAAUUGCGAUCCCCGCGCGAGGAUAAGGAAAACCAGAGCGUCUCUGAGGGUUGGAGCUACGUCGGUGCAGAUGAAUUCCAAAGCGGCUUGGGUUUGGACAAUGAGGGUCGCAAUGUGGUGUUCCAGGAGAAUAUGGACCCCAAGUGGAGGAAAGACAAGGAAAGAAGGGCAAAGCAUUCCACGCUUCCAGCAUUGAAGCAAAAACGGUCGACGCUCUCACUUCUCACUUCUCCGUUAUCGCUGUCUACCGCAGGCAACAUUGCCCCGGCCAUCGACUCCGGGGUUAGCGCGUCCCGUUUAGCCUCACCUGUGGUUGGCGAAUUCAAGGGCUGGUUCUCUAACCUGUUCAGCUGGAGGGGAAGCUCCCAGUUGACACCGGGCACGGGGGUGAUCUACUCGCCUGACGGUUUAGAAAAGACGCGUCGAGAGGUCGGUCUGCUGCUGGAGCGAUUGGGGGUGAUCGUUGAAGGCAGCGGGUUCAGCUACGUGGAGGACAUCUACGUGGAUGAAGACCUGGCUUUGGUUCUACGCUGCAAAGUGGAGGAGAUGAGCGAUGCUGGAGUUGUUCCUCUGAAGCCCGUCAAGUUCCGUGUCGAGUUCUCUGCCGCACCGAACUGCUCUGCGACGAAGCAUCAGUCUGUUCCGAGCGGCCACCUUGUUUCUCCGAAUCUCAAUGGGGUUCUUAAUGCCUCGACCUCGACGAAAGCGCGCGGGACUAUGUUGACGAACAGGACUGUGUCGUCGAGUGCAGCCUUUCCACCGGGAUGUAACUCGGCCAUCGUGCUGCUGCACGAGAAAGGCAGCGCGACCACGUUCAAGAAUGUCUGGAAACGGCUCAAGGAAAGCUAUAGUCCCGAUGAGAUCAGUCCGGUUCCCAUGCUCAGUCCAGUGUUGGGCACAACUCCUUUCAUGGAACAACCUCAGCGGUUUGCGCUUUGAUGGUCUGACGAGAGAAUAAAUAAGUGUAUUAUGUCCGACAUGUUACAAUCCAUGUAUCCCUACAUUACUAGAAUAGUCUAUCACACACCCAAGUGUCCAUCACGGCGAUCAAAAACCAAAGAGAUCUACAUACCGUUGACAACCUGCAUCGAGACCGUCAAGGAAAAAGCAUCGGAACUGCCACACAACCGCAAAAGAUGAUGCAUGUGGGUGACAUACCAUAUACGUCUUGUGAUCAUAGCGAGCGGAGAAACCCCGCACGACACGUUGGGCCAUGUAAAACAUGGCGAGAGUGAGCAGCACCCCGCAGUACCCGACCAUCCAGUGCGAGCGGCGCAGAAAAUCGAGCUUCCAGCACACGGCCGGCAUGGCGCAGAUGACGAUUGCCAUGGCAGGGCGGAAGGAAUUUCCGAGAAUGAUGGGCAAUGUCCGUCGCCCUGCAAUCCUGUCGCCUUCGGCAUCACGCAUGUCCUGGAUGCUGGCAACGAUCCCGAAAGCCCCGCUUAGAAUCAGGUCCCAUCUCAGCGUCUGGGGUCCGAUCGGCGCUCCGAGCCCCCAAGCGGACUGCAGCACACAGAAUGAGCCGACGGACAUGAAGACCAGGUUUUUCGUCGCCCAGUGCUUGUCGCCGCCGUAGAAGCUUGUGUAGAUGGUCACGAUGAUCCACAGCGCGGCCCACGGCAGCACUCCCCACGCCGCCCCGAGAAAGAGGAGUAUGGCGUUGGUGACGUGCCAGCGCAUAUACGCGCCUUUGAGCGAGGACAGGCCUGACGCGAUGGGUCGAUCGGGUUUGUUGAUCUUGUCCUCUGCCACGCCGUUGAUCUGGUUGGCCAAGUCGAAUGCGUAGAUGAAGAGCAGAAAGUACACGACCGAACGCCCGAUUCCGCGCGCCACCACGUCGAUCGUCAGCGCACUGUCCAGCGAACGGAGCGCAGCCAGUGUGUACAUCGCACCGGGAACCACGCUUGCGGACCAGUCCCGCCACGUGAAGCCCCAGAAGACUUUUAGCUCGUGCUGGAUCACUUCUGCGAUUACCCCGAGCCCAAGGGUGCCUUCGAGAUUUCUCUCGGCCAGAGCGGCGUGCCCCAAAGCCUGCGAGUCUGCUCAAUGGUCAGAUGGGCCGCAUGCGAGACGGAGGGAGAGCGGUCCAACUGGCACCUUUAGCCUCUUUCAGCAUUCGAGGGGGUGGUUGCAGACGAGAACAUGGUUGGGUGCGGGCUUCUUAAAUGGUUGCGGGUGGGAAAGUCGCUAUAAAAACCUGGUUGACAGGGAGCAUGAGCCGACAGCAUGGGUGGGCGAUAGGAAGCAGAACAUACGCUAGCGAACGAUAGAUGAUUGAUGAGCUCUGGGCUUGUCAGCUCUUCGGUCUCUUGAUGCCUUCGCUGCCACCUCAUGGUGACUAUCAAUAUCAAAAGGGGCUCGGCAGCAGCGCCGUGAGCGGUUGCCGUUGACCGUAGGAGUUUCGAAAAGACCGCUGCCAAGCAUAAGCUAAGCGUUGAGCUAUCCAGAUCCAGUGUUCUAUGCAAUAACUUGCUGUAAGCGUCCUGAAAAGAGUAGAACGAUCAAGGCUGUCAUGCCCAAAGCCCCUGGGCGGCGGUAGCUAUAAUUCAGUCAAAAAUAGAGGUGAAGUCGAAGAGCAAGCUGGGCAAGAAGGGGCAGGCACGUUUAGUUUGCGCAUAUUGUCUGGACAUGUCAAUAAAUUUGAUAGUGGUUCAAGCUCUGAAGUAGGAGGACGGAGUUCGGCAUCUACAAUGGGUGCGUAUCACGCAAACCAGCAUCCGGACCUUGAAGGUCUUGGACACCACAUGGGGAAG